AUGCCCGCUGUGAAUUUCUCAGAAGAACUUCUCAUCGCGUACCCUAAUGCGAAAGUCAUCUUGACAACCAGAGAUCCAGAUAAAUGGAUCGUAUCGGUCGAGAGAUCAAUGUAUGCGAUUAUAAAUUCGCGUACCUGGUCCAUUCUCAAGAUCACCUUGGCCAAUGAUCCAAUGGCAACCCAGAAGAUCGCUCUGCCCUCCAUGCAGGAUUAA